UGAGGAGACAGAUUGCCUGUAAGCAUGCUCUCUCGUCCCAAUAGUGUUUACCCGAGAGAAAUAGAUAUUGUUAUUGCAUGCCAUGUUCAUUGUUUUCAAUAACCAUAGUUGAGUUGUAUGCAAUACUUUUGUGACUCUUGGGGAUUUGAUAUAAGAAGAGUGCUUGUUUCUACUUCCCUAAAGGGCCAACGAAGUUCAAAGCUAUAAACACGUUAACACUGCUAGCCGCGCCAUUUUGCAGCAAGGCUUGUCCAGUGUUAAACAUGGCACAGCUUAGGCGCACAAAAAUGCCAUUGGGGGCAUUCAGUGCUAUCUUAGCCUGUUUAUGCUUACAAUGCUUUGGCAUUCCGUUAGAAGAGAACACACUUGAAGAGUUAGGUAAAAACUUCGACAAUAAUGAACGUGAAGGUUAGUAUUCUUUGUUUUUUAGUAUUCUCUGCGAUAUCAAUGCAGUAAAUGUAAACACUGCAUUUGCUGUCCGUUAAAUGACCAGCCUUUGUGAUAUGGCUGUUUUAUCGGCAAAAAAUUUAUCAGGCAUAGUUUUAAAGUGAUUUAUUUGCUUUUAGCCGUAGUUCGUGAUUUUGAACCAGUGAGAGUUUUGAGUUCAUUGUUGAUGCUUGAUUAACUUUGCAAUCUUGAGGAUGUAAAUUUUAUUGGUCGAAAGAAAUUUGUCAAUCAAGAACCUACCAAUCAGCAAGCACAUUUUGCCUGAACAUCUGGUACCUGAUAUGUGCAAGAUGAUUUCGCCAUAUUAGGUGUAAGCCGUGCUGUUGAUUAAGUUUGCGCUUCCGCUGCUUCUUAGCUGACUUCCAAACCAACAUUUGCUGGAUUUUUAUUUCACUUCAAUCGUAAGGCUUUCGCGAUAAGAAUAAAUGACAGAUUAAAUGAUAAUUACUAAAGCUUCGAAAUUUGAGGCGGAAAAUGCAAGGGCACUUCUUGAGACUAGGACCAUGGCACCUUCUGUUACUAGGCCCAUUGAUGAUAACCCCUAGUCUGAGAAUGUUUUUAGGCGUACCAAGCAAAUCAUUAUAUCUCUCUCUGGUAACUCGCUGUUUUUCUGUUCUUUUCAGAGGAAACAAUUUGCUCUUAAUUAAUCAAGUUGUUGGGGGUAUAGGGAAGAAAAUAAUUUUAUCAUAAAUUAGCGGCGAUAUAUUGUAAUUUGUCACUAGUGCGACAGCUUUGGAACUUCUUAUACUCGAAGUAGGGUAUUUAAUAGGAGAUUUAAGAGCACAGUAAACAUGCUUUGUUUUAGCCGCUUACUGGUCCGAAGAUAUAGAGAACAGAAAUGAAGAUGACGAAGAAAUCGAAACGCUGUCUAUAGAUGAUUCGCAUUCUGAUAAAGACUUAGAAGAAGAGGUUUCUGCGAUCGAGAUGUCGAGGAGGAAUUCAAUGCGUCAAGGAUAUCAAGGGCCAAUUAAAAUAAUCAAUCAUGAAGUUUAUAGUCGGAAAAGAUACAGUUGUUGAAACCAUCGCAGAUGACAUGAAACCAAGAGAUAUUAUCAAUGCAAAGGUCAAUUCCUUUGGCAGAGAGGACAAAGAUGAUGCUUUCAUCAUCGGUGACCUCGGUGAUAUCAUCAAUAAGAUCAAGAAAUUCAAGCAACACCUACCCAAUGUUGAGCCAUUCUAUGCUGUGAAAUGCAACAAUGAGCCUACUGUGCUAAACUUUCUUAGUAACAAUGGGCUUGGAUUUGACUGUGCAAGUAAAGUUGAGAUCCAGACAAUGUUGAACCUUGGCGUAUCACCAGAUAGAAUCAUUUUUGCCAACCCCUGUAAGCAGACAUCACACAUCAAGUAUGCAGCAUCAAACAAUGUCAGCAUGAUGACUUUUGAUAAUGAGCAAGAACUACAUAAGAUCAAAGCAAACUACCCGCAUGCUCAGCUUGUUAUACGGAUUAAAGUAGAUGAUUCGAAAUCUCUUUUCCAAUUGGGUGUCAAGUUUGGUGUUCUACAAGGGAAAACAAGACCUCUCUUGGAGGCUGCUAAAAGACUCCAGCUGAAUGUUAUUGGUGUCAGUUUUCACGUUGGUAGUGGCUGUUAUGACUCAGAAGCAUUUUACUAUGCUGUUAAGGCUGCAAGAAAUGUGUUCAAUGAGGGGGAAUCACUUGGUUUCAAUUUCACAUUGUUGGAUAUUGGAGGUGGCUUCCCUGGUAACAAUGCUGCUGCGAUUUCAUUCGAGGAGUCUGCUGAACAGCUGAACCGUGCUUUUGCCAAAUAUUUCCCAGCCAACUGCGGAGUAAGAAUCAUUGCUGAGCCAGGAAGGUUUUAUGUCUCUUCUGCCUACACCAUUGUCUGCAAUAUAACAUCGGUUAGGUCCAUCACUGGUGAAAAUUCAUCCGAAAAGAGUAACCAGAAGGAGGGUUUCAUGUACUAUGUUAAUGACGGUGUCUACGGGUCUUUCAACUGUAUUAAUUUUGAUCACAAUUCUCCUGUUCCAGAGCCUCUUGAACCUUCUGAGGGAAGAAAACUGUUCCCAUCAAUAAUAUGGGGGCCAACCUGCGAUUCAGUGGAUUGUAUUAAAAAGGGCACAAUGCUUCCAGAGAUUUGAUAUCAUGCGAUUUCGAGUGUG